GGAGAAGCUGCCCAUGCGGCCGCGGGACCGCGCCCGGGUGAUCGACGCCGCCAAGCACGCGCACAAGUUCUGCAACGCCGAGGAGGAGGAGACCGUCUUCCUGCGCAGGCCCGAAGGCAUAGAGCGGCAGUUCAGGAAGAAGUGUGGCAAGUGUGGAUUACUGCUUUUCUACCAGCACCAACAGAAGAAUGCUCCGGUGACUUUCAUUGUCGAUGGUGCUGUGGUCAAGUUUGGACAGGGCUUUGGGAAAACCAGCAUAUAUACUCAGAAGCAAGAACCUCCCAAAAAGGUGAUGAUGACCAAACGGACCAAAGACAUGGGCAAGUUCAGUUCUGUUACCGUUUCCACAAUCGAUGAAGAGGAGGAGGAGAUCGAAGCAAGGGAGAUUGCAGAUUCCUAUGCACAGAAUGCAAAAGUGAUUGAGAAACAGCUGGAACGCAAAGGAAUGAGCAAAAGAAGGCUACAGGAGUUGGCUGAGUUGGAAGCCAAGAAAGCCAAGAUGAAAGGAACACUGAUUGACAACCAGUUCAAAUGAAGCACUCCACAUCUGCUGUAUCUUUGGAGACGAAUGGAAGCUACCAGAAACUAUUGCAGGUCUGUCAGCAAAGAACACUCAACAAGCUUGGAAGAUGACCAUCUCUCCGGUGUAGCUGGUACUCUGCUACGAAUUUCAGUAGUUGGAAUAGCACUAGAAACUUUGUGGAAACAGAAUCUCUACACAAUGGCAAGCUGUUGCAGCCAGAAAAUCUUUAGUGGGUGCCUUUGAGAGUUCAGUGCACUUUCAAGUACUUGUCUUUUCAUUUUGAUGGUUUUGAAACGUAUAAGGAACCCAUAAAUGUAUUAGACAAGUCAACUGUAUAGCAAAAUCAUUACAAAAGUAAGCUUUGUUCAUUGGGAUAAUUUAAAACGUGUCCAAAACAUGCAGCAUUCUUAGAGGUGUGCCAUUUCAAUGCAGGCUGGAAUGGCUCAGGAGGUUUGGGGGUAUGGGCAGCAGGCAGGCUGUUGCAGGUAACCAGUACAUGCUUGGCCAUGGCUUUAAUUCUUAGCCACUGUUGAACAUUGGAAAACUGCAGCUGUAUGGAAUUACACUCCUGGCUACGGGAACGUGAAAUCCAGCCCUGUUUUAUACUGCUGAAAACAAAACCUGCUGGAGUAUUACACCUCCCAGGAGUAUAAAUAUGUUGCUGGAAAGUACUGAUGUGACUGCUGAUCAUUUAAAGCAGAGUUCACUUGCAUCUCUGAAUUCACCAGCUGUUGGAGCUGUACAACAUGAAGAAAACUGUUUUCAGUACAUUGACACUUACAGACUUGGACAAAGACAAUGUUAAGAAUCAGUGCAUAAAAUAACUUGUUUGGGAAAUAAUUUUUUUUUUAAAUCUUAUGUGAUAUAAUAACAGUACUCCCUAGCCUGUGUCACUGUUACUUGGGAUUAAAUGCCAUUUAAUGGAUCUGAACUAAAA